AGUCUAACAAAAGGAAGCAGUAAAGAGAGCAGUUCAUCUUUUGUGCAGUCAUUAUAUAUUUUGACCAUCACGCGAAAUGACUGACAAAACUGGAAGUGAAGAGACCUCCUCCUGCAAUCGGUCCUCAGUUACAAACCAGACUGAAGGUGACAAUUCGACUUGUCAUGAUCAGAUCGACUCCACAGUUCAGCCUCUCUUCAUUGUGAUCUACAGUCUGGUGUUUCUGGUGGGACUCCUCCUCAACUGCUUCAUCAUUAAGUUUUACCUGUGCCAAGCUCAGCAGCGGCAGUCCAGCAGCAUCCUGGUUUACCUUAAGAACUUGGCAGCAGCUGACCUUCUUCUCUGCCUCAGCCUACCUCUACGUAUCACCAAACACAUUGGCCGCUCUGACAAUAUCCUCCAGGUCUACUGCAACUUUGGCGCUUUCACUUUUUACGUCAACAUGUAUGUCAGCAUCCUGUUCAUGGGCUACAUCGCUGCAAACAGAUAUCUGAAGAUUGUUCAUCCUUUGGGGAAUCACAUCCUGCAGACAGUGAAAGGUGCCCACAUCCUGUCCGUGGUAACCUGGGUUUUCUUCCUCUCUCUGAUGAUCGUCUACAUCAUCAUGUCAUUCACCAAAGACACAUUUCCGACCCCUGUCUCCAACAUGGUUGAUUGUGAGUGCUUGCACGGCAGCCGGCUCACCGUGCUGUACAAAAUCAUGCACAGCUCUUGCAUCGCCCUCUUCCUGCUUGUCCUCAUAUCCUUGCUCUUCUUCUACUACAAAAUCGGUAGCAAAGUGUUGCUGGCGCAGCAGAGGCAGCCGGCGUCCUCCUGCUCCAAAAAGCUUGAAAAGUCACGGAGGAAGAUGUUAGUGCUGGUCGGCGUCUUCUGUUUUUGCUUUUUCCCAUACCACCUAGUGCGAGGUCUCCACAUUUUCCUGUGGAAUACCUGUUCGUUUAGCAAAGCUGUGUUCUACCUGAAGGAGCUGAGCAUCGCCAUGUCAAUUCUCAAUAUCUGCCUGGACCCGAUCAUCUACUUCAUCUACUGCAAGUCAUUCAGGACUCAGCUUAGAAUGACCAGCUUGAGACAUCACAGGAGGGAGUAAUGGAACAAGACGGAACAGCCUCUGCAGGAAAUGAGAUGCGCAACUCCAACUUGUCAGAGAGGGAAUGCUGUGUGCAAAAUAAAAACCAAUGAUGGUCUGUCACACAAUUAGUGAAAAGGCAAUCCCUGUCUGACCUAAAAUAUUGUUGUUGUUUUAUAACUGCCCUCAUAAUUCCUUCCUCAUUAACCCUGUGAUACACUGGUGACCUGUCUCUCUGUGACCCUCUAGAGGAGAAGUGGUUACAGAUACUUUUAUGAAUGAAUGAAUGAAUCUGUUAGUGCUGUAUUAAAAUGGAUUUUCUCUUUCUGCCAGAGCUGAAAUGUUCAAGAUUGCCACUUUAACUUCACAUGCCCUUAAAUGAUGAAGUGUAGUGAAGUGUAGCGCAGUAAUAAAUGUCAUACAUGUUAAUUCUGAGCUUAAUCUGUACAAAGUUUGAUAUAAUACGUGUUUCAAAUGUGAUUAAAAAUAAAUAAAUGGAUAUGCUUCAUCA